UUACCUGAUAUGGGAGGGAUUAUCAUUGAUUUCUCAGACCGUGAAAGUCAAAACAAUAAUGAGAAGUCCGUAUCAGAAAGGCCACCGGGGAAUCCAUUAAGUCAUGAGACUCCAAGAGCAAGCCAAGAGGCUCUUCUACCACGGCGAGGUGCUCUGAUAUCCGACCGAGAGACCUAUAGGUCCAGUCAAGAAGCUACUAGAUCCUCCCGAGAUGCACACAGCUGGCCGGGAGACGUCGAAUCUCAGCCGCUUCGAGAAAAUGCCGACGAUUUCAUCACAAAAUUCGAGAAAAGGCAGAGGAGGUGGUUGGGAGGAUGUGAAAUCCUAUGGAAACGACACGAACCGCAUGUAAAACACGCAAUCAAGAUAAAGGAGACACUUGGUGAGAAUCCACCACUCUGGAAGCUGCUGAAUAUUGCUGCGCUGUCUGGAAAUAUGUGGACGUUGGAUUCGAAGCAACUGGCCAUUGCCAAGAAACAUAAGAUCAUCACGGACUUGCCAAAGAUUAAGGCUGCAGAUAUCGACGACAAGAAUAAGUCGGAUGCUUUGGUAAAGAUCUUGGCCGUAAUGCAAGUCAUCUGGAUGGUCGUCCAGCUUUGCGCUCGCGUAUACUAUCGUCAUCCAUUCGCGCCAUUGGAGCUCAGCACCGUCGCUUUUUCCGCUACAGCAAUCAUCCUAUAUUUCGUUGAGUGGGACAAGCCAAAGGAUAUCAACACGCCAGUGUAUGUCAAGGCCGCUAAACGUAGUGUUUCAGAAGAGGCGUUUACGGAGAUUGUCAAUGAAGCUCCCUUUCCGUAUAUGCAGCAACGGUUCUGGCAAUACAAGCACUAUUACAUGCCUACUAUUGCUUUUCACGAGACUGAUGGAGAUCUGAAGCACAUUGAUAGACAAUCACUCGUUGUGGCGAUGAUCACCGUCAUCUCUUUCGGUGGUAUUCAUCUUCUAGCUUGGAAUCUCCAAUUCCCAACUCCCGUUGAGGGUUUGUUGUGGAAAAUAUCUGCCACCAUGACUAUUGCGUGCCCUACUUUAUACUGCAGUAGUCAUUUGCCGUUCAUGGGAAAGUCCCCAAAGGAUGCUGUAAAAAUAGAGACUUUGAUGGUCAAAGCAGUUGUUGGAUUUACCACAUUCUUCUACAUUUUCGCUCGCUUAUUCCUGAUUACGGAGAGCAUACGGUCGCUGUACUAUUUGCCGAGGGGUGCUUAUAUUUCUACUUGGACUGCGGAUUUUCCACACAUGUCCUGA